AUGUUUAUUCUGCAAGUUAUCUUGGAUCAUUCAAUAUAUGUUUAUAACUUUACAAUUAAUAAUAAAAAGAAAAUUACAUAUUUAAAAUAUGGAAAUCAAAUAAUGAAUAGGGGGGGUAUCAUCCCUUUUAAAGAUCCCAAAAAAAAGUAUUAUAAUGUUUCCUUUUUGUUGCGAACAACUUCUGAAAUUCAAGAAGAAAAUAAAUUAUCUGAAACUUUUUGUAAAAUGGAAAAUAUUAAUGAAAAAGAAAGUUCUUUAUUUGAUGAGAUGGAUUUAUUUCAUAAUGAAGGAAUACAAUUAAAGCAGUGGUAUUCAGCACAAAAAGUAAAAGAAGCAUGGAAAGAAAAACAUAUUGAAAAUAUUAAAAGUAAUUAUAAAAAGGUUUUAUUAAAUAAUAAAUAUAAUGAAUUAUUUAACAUGUAUAGAAAUGUAAAUAAUAACAAUGUGGAAAAUUAUAAAAAGAGAGUAAAAACUAAUAGGAUAAACCCUGUAAUUUAUGUUAAAAAACGGUUAGUUUCAGCUACUGCUAAAUAUAUAAAAAUGUCAUUUAUUAAAACAAGAAAAAUUUUAUGGAAAAUUAGAUAUAUGCCAAUAAUUAAGGCAUUUGCAUUUCUUUAUUAUUAUGGAACUAAUAAAUAUACAGUUAAUAUUUACAAAUGUAUAAAAUCAUGCUUACAUAAUGCUAUUAAUAAAUAUGGAAAAAAUAAUAUAAAACCAGUUUUUCAUACCCUUCAAGCUAACAUGGGUGGAUAUACAAAAAAAAUUAAUAUAAGGGCAAAAGGAAAAACGGAUAUUAUACGUGAACCUCAUACACAUAUACGUGUUGUUUUAGAAGUGUGA